AUGGAUUCUCAGUCCGGAGCCCCUGAGAAGGGAGAUACCAAGACCCUUGAGCCCGUCGUUAGCCAUGAACACGGCACUGCGGACUCGAUCCGCAAUUUGCCCCUUGCUGUGGACACAAACUUGAGGCUUGUUGAUGAAGCAAUCGAAGCCAUCGGAUUUGGAAGGUUCCAAAUUCAGCUGACAUUCACGUCUGGCUUUGGCUUUCUAGUUGACCAGAUGCUCCUCGUUGCUAUCAGCCUCCUCACUCCGCAAUCAGCGAUGGAAUUCGGACCCCAAUACCCGACUUUGCUAUCCGCCUCCAACUAUGCUGGCCUCUUCGUCGGUGCGAUUAUACUUGGAGGGUUUGCAGAUAACUUGGGAAGAAGACUGAUUUGGCAACUCUCGAUUUUUGCCGUCUCUGUUGCUGCCCUUCUUGUUGCUGCCAUGCCGAACUGGGCCGGAUUGAAUGCCAUGCUUGCUAUAUUGGGGUUCUUUGGUGGUGGAAAUCGUACGCAUAUUCCCUCCCUGUCUUGUCCCUGUGUGGAUAUGGCUGACAAGAAU